AUGUGGGGGGAUGCUGAAUGCCCCGCGGCCGACGGGGGUUUUGGUUUGUCAGAGGCGAUUUUGCCAUCAGCAGACGAGAUUGCGAGGGCGAAAAGAAAGAGGAAGAAGAACAGGAAGAGGGCAGUUUAUGAUCAUUACCUUGCGGACUCUGGUAGCGAGUGCUCCACUGAAUCAAGUGAAGGAGGAUGUGAGUUGUUGGAUGCGUACGAGUUUGAGGAGUUUGAGCCUGGUAUGGACAUCAAUAUCCUCAUUCAGCAGACAGUGCAAAAUGUCGCACAAGGUGUCAGCUUGGAGGAUUAUGAUGGCCGGUCACAGUUUGGUGAUUGUGACCUGAUAUGCUUCGCUGCAGCGGUGAAGCACAACAGCUCCAUUCUCUCACUCCAGAUAAGGUAUCUUGACGUUUCCGACACCUCACUCGUGCCACUUUGUCGCGCGCUGGAGGGUCAUCCCUGCAUCCGGGCCUUGGAUUUGUCUGGCACGCGAGGCGGGAACGCCACCAUCAAGGCCGUCUUUCGCCUUGUCUGCACUAACCCAAAUAUCCUGUUCGUGCGCUUAGACGAUACAAUGGUGGCUUCCCACGAUGCUGAGGAAAUAGAACUUGCAACGCGAUACAAUGCACUAGCGUGCCCUGAUCCGGCGAAUAACCCGUUUCACCUAGGACUUCUGCGCAAGAUUGGUGACAUGGAGGAGGAGAAGCAGAGAUACAAGGAACAGCUGUCUGCACAUUCUUGGCUGUUUUCGAAUCGUGCUGGCGGCAGUGCGAAUCAGGCGCCGAAGCAGGCGAAGAAGGUUCUUUUUGCCGAGAAAGUUGCGAAGUCGCGUAUCGGUGCUGAUAUCUGUGCACAGUUCAUGAGUGGUAGAUGUGGCUAUGGCUCGCGUUGCCGGUAUAUUCAUCCUGAGAAAACGGCUGCGAUUAAGAAUGCCAUAGUUGUAAGUCAAUAUAAAAUGAUGAAGGAGUUGGAAGGAGAUGCGAGGUCUCUGAAGAGCUCCGUCACUCUUGUUGGUCCUGCAUCCAAAAUGAGAUUACAAAGUAGAUUGCGUCCUGCCAACUUCGCAUUGAAAACGAAUGCACUUGCUUCUGUUGUGGUUGGACCAAAAGAUGCCGAUCCUGUCAGCGAGGUGGGUGAUGUCUCUGUGCCAGAGGUUCCGCGGUGGCGUGCGGUGUGGGUGUUCUCUGCUACUGUUAUGCUCUGCAGUCUUGUGGUGGCUGUGACUUACUGA